AUGAAAUCUAUUAUUAUUUUUCUACUUAUAAUAUAUGUCAGUGGAUUUGAUAAUGAAGAUAAUAAUCAAGGUCAAUGUGAUAAUUUAUGUUCAAUAGAUGUAAAUGAAAUUGAUGUGUCAAAGUUUAUUAGUGGUACAAGUGAAGAAAAAAAAGAAAUAGCAUUAUUAUUUGAUAAAACUUUCCAUGAAUAUGGUCUUAUUCGAUUAAUAAAUACAAAUCUAACAUCAAAAUUAAUAGAUAAAGCUAAAGAAUUUUUUUCAUUAGAUUCAGAAAUAAAAAUGAAAUAUUAUCUAAAUCGUACACAUUUAGAUACACCGGGAUAUAAACCAUUAGGAUUUGAAUCUGUUGGUAAUUAUGGAGGAGAAAAACAAACAUCAUCUGUUGAUUCUACUGAAGCUUUUUUUACAUAUUUCAAGUCACAAUCAAAACAAUUAAAUUUUUCCAUUGAUACAUUACCUGAAGAAUUUCAUAAUGUUAUACCAGAAUAUAUAUUUCAAUCAAGAAAAUUAAUAUCUAUUGUUCAUAAUAUUGCUGAUCUUGCAUUGGAAUUAGAUGAAAAUACAUUUGAUAGAAAUUAUACAAGUGAUAAUGCUUCAUUUAGUUUAAGAUUAACUCGUUAUUUACCAACUAAAGAUCAAGAAGAAGAAGAAUUAGCAUUUGGAGAACAUCAAGAUUAUCUUGGUUUUACAUUAUUACAAAAUGAUAAUGUACCAGGAUUAGAAGUGAAUAUGAAUGGAAAAUGGUUUCGUGUUGAUCCGAAAGCAAAUAGUUUAUUAUUACUUGGUGGUCAACUGAUUGAAAGAUGGACAAAUAAUUAUUGGAUAUCAAUAUUACAUCGUGUUGCAACAGUAAAACAAUUAAGAUAUUCCGCUUUAAUCUUUAGUGGACCAGAUUUAAAUACUCUUAUUGAAACAUUACCAUGUAAAAAUUGUACACUGACAAAAUCUAAAUAUGCUCCGGUUACUGUACAGGAACACUUAAAACAAAAAGAAAUGGCUACUCUACAUCAUUGA